UCUUCCCGAAGAAGGAACCACUUUUAUCUUUUUCUCCCCAUCGUAGUCGCGAAAAACGGCACAAGGAAAAAGGGGCAAAAGAAGGAGAGUGAAAUAACGCCAGCCAACCAAAAGGGACAAGCCAUCGAACCGACGCGCCAACGCACCGUCCAAAGUGUCCUGGAACGAGCGGAUUACUGUGCGCGCGCUUUCCGUCGGGAAAAACGGGAAAAUCUAUAUCUACGACGUAUUGACCACGUCAGUGUCGAAAUUUCGCGAUUACGAGCCCGGCCGAGAUAGUGCAUGGGAAUGGUGGGGCAAGGUGAGGUGUGACGGGGAGGUGGCAAUCGAAUCGGACGGAAUCGAAUCGAAUUAUCGAAUUCCUGGAGCAGCAGCUGCGACAAAAAAAAACAAGCCAGCGCCAAAAGUGAGACGCCAAAAUGUGAUGUCCUUGGAGCCAUGUAAGUGUGUGCGUGUGUGUGCGCGCACCGUUGGAGCAUUUUCACCUGAAGCAAAGGACGACGCAUCGAUCGCCAAGCCGGCGACGGCUACCGUGGUCGUCGUGAUGUGAUGCUGAAGGUUGGAGUAGUUGGAAGCCGCUCGGCGAAUCCUUUCAAGUAGUCCUUCCUUUGGUUGGGCAGGAGAAAAGUGCAAACAACAACGACAAAAAAAACAUUAUCGACGGUGACUGCGAUGACGGAGUUUUGCGACGCCGUCAUUAAGCUGUUCCCGCUCCGCGCGAUACCGGACGUGAUCAAGCUGUUCCGGCAGCAGCUGAGCAAUCGCGAGGAGGAACCCGACCUCACGCUGCUGUCGAUCGUGACCGGGCUGAUCGAGCAUUCGCUAACGACGAAGGUCCUGGAAUCGAACGGUGCGUCCUCGUCCACAGCUGCUAACAACAACAACAACAACAAUGGAGAAGCAGUCGCUGGUGGCAAAGCAACCGGGGCAGUCGAUGGCGGUGGAGGGAACUUUCCGAUCAUCCGCUACGACACGAUCGAGGCGCUGUACAAACGAUUCAAAUCGGUCCUGGCACCGAUCGAGAAGCUGCUGGUGAAGAAUACGACCGAUUCAAAGUUUGCGAACCGCGAAAUCAUCAAGAAAGUUUCGGACAUCAUCUGGAACUCGCUGCUGCGUAGCUCGUACAAGGACCGGGCGCACCUGCAAAGUCUGUACAGCUACCUGUGCGGUAAUAAGCUGGAUUGCUUCGGAGUUGCGUUCGCCGUUGUGGCCGGUUGCCAGAUGCUGGGCUACCGGGAUGUGCAUCUGGCCAUCUCGGAGGAUCACGUGUGGGUCGUGUUCGGGAAGACGGGCGACGAAACGAUCGAGGUCACGUGGCACGGCAAAGGGGCGGAGGAUAAGCGUGGCCAGUCGGUCGCACCCGGUGUGGAAUCACAAACGUGGCUGUACGUCGCGGGCAAUCCAGUCGUUUGCAAUCGCUACAUGGAGGUAGCGGCCAUCGUAUCGGCCAUCAAUCCAUCGCUCACGGCGACGAGCGCCUGUCUGGAGGUGGCGGACAUGCAGCAACAGUUGCUCUGGUUGCUUCACGAUAUGGGCCACCUGAAGCGCUACCCGAUGGCCCUCGGCUGUUUGGGCGAACUGGAGGAGGUCGAACCGACGACUGGCCGCAAAAGCUGCGAAGAGCUGUACAACGAGUCGGUACGAUCGGCACAGAUCUACUACCGGAACCAUCACGUCUAUCCGUACACGUACCAGGGUGGUUACUAUUACCGAAAGAAUCGGUACCGGGAAGCAUUCGCCUCGUGGGCCGACAGUAGCGAUGUCAUACGAUUGUACAACUAUUCGCGCGACGAUGAGGAAAUCUACAAAGAGUUCCUGGACAUCGCCAACGAACUGAUCCCGCAGGUGAUGAAGCUGGAAAGCUCGGGACAUUCGGCGCGCAGCAUACUGCGUGAUGCGUCUUGCUUCGCUAAUCUGCUGCGCUUUUACGACGGCAUCUGCAAGUGGGAAGAGGGCAGCCAAACGCCUAUCCUGCACAUCGGUUGGGCCAAGCCACUGGUUGCUACGAUUGCCAAGUUUGAUCACGACAUACGCUCGCAAGUGAUUAUCCAGUGUGCCGAUCAGGAACCACAGGCGCAGCAUCACACGGCGGCAGUAGGCUAUGAAAAUGGCAAAAAUGGAACCGGCGUUACGACGGUGCCCGCGGAUGAUCCCACGGACAAGGGUGCACCGCAUCACAACAAUAACAAUACCAUCACGAAGGCAGAUGCCAACAUCACUGGCACAAAUGGUAGCACGCGAGUAGCAAAGGCGAUCGCCGUGGCCUCCUCCGUUACUUCACUACCGAAAUCGCUCGAAGCGCUGGUAGGCAAGUGCGGCGAGAAGCUACUCAAUCCCGAGUUUCUUCUGCAGGGCGGUGGACAACCAUUUACGACGGAAGAAGUCAGUGCCGGUCCAGUCGAUGAUGGGUUGUCGGCCACUGGUGCCCCCACUACGGUCUCUGCAGCAUCUAACCACCAGCAAUCGGUAAGCAAGGGCACGAAGUGCAAUGCCAGCAAUGACGCACUGGCUCAAGAGCCCAAGAAACCGGCCCAGGAGGAGCAGUCCCGGCAGAACAAGGUGGAAGAGGAGGAAGAAAUUACGGAACCGAAGCGGCCAGUCAUUGUGCUGUACAGUCAGAAGAUGAAGGGACUGAAGAAUCUGCUGCUGGCGGAGAAGCUCAAUACGAAUGCGAUCUCCCUGCAGAUCACGGCCCAGAGCCAGGUGCAGGUAGGUGGAAAGAAGCUACGGGGUCACGCAGCUGCUGCGCUCGCCAUGGGAGGUGGUGGGCUCGGCAGUGGGGCUCUCGCACACCACCAUCAUGCAUCGAUCGGUGGUGAUGGCAACGAGGGUAGCAACACGCGAUCCAAGCGAGCUCGCAGAGAGUAGAAUGACCACCCCGGCCAGACACUUGGAUCCAAACAAUGAUUUAUGAUGAGUUUAUCAUUCGAACCGGAGCAACUGAAAUGCUCGGCGGCAGGAAUUUAGUUUCUAUGUUACAUACCUACUUAGCUAAGCACAACUAUUUAACAACACGAAUUCCAUUCCAACGCACACAACUCUGCUGACCUGACCUACUACUAACUUACUGCUAGUCGGGCAAACUCUGCUUAUUUAUGAUUCUUUUUUGUUUUAUUUUUUAUUUAACUCUAUGUUUAUUGUUAUCUCAGUAAAAUUGACUGUUCGUGCUCGGCGUUUUUUUAUCUUUGGAAAAGCCUUACUCCUCUAGCAUGAAAUGCACUAUUCUACGGAGCGUUUCCGUCUUUUUACUUGCUCUACUUGCACGUACAACCCACACAGACACGCUAUGCUAAAUGCAUUUCUCUUAUUAUUCUAUUGUGAUUAUGUUCUAAGUUAGAAAAUAAGCUAUUGUUAAACGAGAUCCCUUUCGGAACGGAGCGUUCCGAACGCAUCGCUUGAAGGAAGGGACUUUAUUUCCAGGCCAAGUGUAGGCUUAUCAUUUUUAAACUAUGCUUUGAUUUGAGAACUUUGAGAGGGGCAGAGAGCUGCUUUGUAGUGCACCUGUAAGGUAUGUUACAAGUAAUGUUAAGAUUAAGGAGCGCAGAAGCAGCAGCAGUAACUGCAUGAGAGCAACAAUCAAUCAAACGAUAUCGGAGUCACUUGCUAUGCAAUAGAUGGUUUAAGGAUAAGAUGUGUUUAGUGUGAGUGUGUGUGUCUGUGUGUGCUAUGGAGGAAAAAGGUUCGUUGAACCGUUGGUUUAAAGUUUUUCGUUUAUCACUUGCCACGCACCCUUUCUCUUCUACUCGUGCCGAGCUUUGAACUGUGUUGUAUUUAUUGGUCUUCUAUACGAUAAGCAAAACCCUUCAAAAACCCCUUCGUUAUUCGUUGUUGAUUUUUUAUUAUUAAAACAAAAAUGAACUUAUUCGACCAACAAUCAAAAGCUAAAAUGGUGUAGAAGCACACGUGUCCUUGGCAAAGCCAACACAAUUGAUGAAAAAAUUUGUUAUAAAAUGAAGAUAGUUCCGCGAAACAAGUAAAACAAAGAUUACACUACCCUGGACUGCAACAUGGACCUGAGAAGCUAAUUAUCAAUGUAGUGGAAAGCAGAGGAACAGUCAGCGACACAACACAAACACACAAUGGCUAGUUUUCUAGUAUAUACGAUCGAAAUUGAAAAGUACAAAACAUGUUAAAACGAUGAAAAUUGAAACACACAUUAGUAGAAUCUCCCCAGUGUCGGGCGGCCCAUGCAUGGGCGAGCACUCCAAAUUACUCCCGAAUUGGAUCUUUCCAGCAAAAUCAUUCAAAGUACCAAAUCAUGAAAGAAGUGUAGUACCUUUUCCUAGUGAAAAUUUUGAUAAACGAUAAGCUUUUGCGAGAAAUUCGGGAAUCAUCAAUCAGGAAGCAGACGUAAGCCAGCAAAAGGCGGGUACAACCAACUAAAUUACCUACACUAUUCGGCCACGUGGGAGCAGUGUCACAGGACAGCAGGAAGAAACAUUGGAAAAGCGGAGAAGAGAGAGAGAGAAAAAAUGGGAAGCGAGAAUCACAAUUCUGACUGACAUGAACCUGAACGUUUAGCGAUGGUGGGCCCGGUAUCUUAAUUUAUAAUCAAAACUAUUCAAACUUUUGGGUGAAAGACUGGUAUGGCAUCGGUUGCUUUUGAAAUCCAUAAUCGAUCACAUUUGAGAAGCUUGAUCUUCUCGUUCCUUUGUUUGAGGUGCCUCCAGUCCCUGGUAUUUUCUUCACCUAGAUAACAAACUCACGCACACCCGGUGAAAACCAAUAGUCACUGCAAGGCAACACUAUACUUGUAAUCAUAAUGCUAUGGCACACACGAUGCUACUAGAAAGAGACUAUCGUGGAACAUGUUUAAGUUUAAGUCGUAUAUAUCGUACACACUAUCCUAACAGAAGAACAGAAGUACAGUGGGAGAAAACGCCAAGCAUAUAUUGACGAAUGUUACAUUCCUUGUUCAGAACAGAACCGCUAUGGCAUGGGGCGCAUUCCGCUAGAGCAAAACCUUAACAUUAACGAGCAGCACCAACAGCGCACACAUCAACAACAAUAUAUUGUGCCAUUACCGCCAUGAUCAGUUAACGUGGGCUAAAGGGGCGCUAAGGGUGCCUCUCUAGUCCUUUAACAUCACUUUGUAACAUCACAACCAGAUCACAGCUAUAGAUCACCCAACAAACACAGAAAGAGAGAAAGAGAGAGAGAUUGUGAGAAUCAAGUACAAGUCCCAGAGAGUGUUGUUAGUUUGUGCUAUAUCUUAUCAGUAGAGAUGUAGCGAGCAUAAAUGUAUUUGUUAUCGAGGAUGAGGAGGAUCCAACGGCAACAUUAAUGACCGAAAGUGGAGGGGGAUCGUAUCGUUAAGUCCUUAUAGCACUAAUCUACUAAUUUAAUGUGUUUUGUGAUGUUGAUCGCUCUAUUUUUUUUGGCGAUAACUGGAUCUAACUGUACUGAGAAAUGGUAGAGGCUAUUUGUUUUCUUCAUGGACCUUCCGCGUCCAAGUGUAUCCCUGUGAGGAGGUGGGUCCUUGGGUCUGGUGGUUAUAUGCCUGUUGUUACUACUUUUUAGGCCGCUAUCGUAUCAACAUCGCAUCUCGCGCAUAGCAAGAUGUUCUUUCUUUCUCGAUUCGCGCGAAUUUUCUUUCCAUGGGUAUCCGUGGAGGGAAUGGAGGAGUGCACGGUCUGAUGGAUGGAUUGGUGGGGCAGUAGUAGUCGUAGUAAUAGUUGUAGCUGCUGUGGCAGUGGGUAGUGUGAUAAGCUUAUUAUUUUGCGACAAUGUAGAAGGACUGUGAUUGGUGGUGAUGAAGAGAGAAACAAGCAUUAUAGUGAAUAGCUUAGAGCGGUAAGGUGGUGCUCCUCCUCCUUCUACAGCAGCAUACCUUCCUCCCUUCCCGUAUUCCCCGUUUACUGGAACGCGAUAAGAGCGUUGUAUUCCAAGCAACCAAACCCAAUAAAGCACCACGGUAAAUCAGAGAACAAUAGCAUAGCAUUAUACAUAUUGAUACUCCGGUUUAGCAAAGGUCCUGUGGGCAUAGCCAAGCGUGCGACUGUGCGCGUUUGGCACUGCGAGGAACUGAUUGAACUGAGCGAAACGAAGGCUGGCGGAACAGGUGAAAACAUCAAAACAAAUCGUGUAAGAAAUCAUGCAAGAUGAACAGCUACUAGCAACAAUAUGCAACAUGGUGCAGAUUAAUAAUAUGAUUGGCAAAACACCCGCGUAUAUGAAACAUUUAUAUAUAUUUUUGAGAAAAUAUUCAUAUACUUAUACAUAAGAGUGUAUCAAUCAAAUCAAAAAGCGGAAGGGACCGCUAACAAGCAUAUAUGCAAGCAAAUCCAAAAGCAGAAGAGGGAAAUGCACACCUCCAGGCCCCAUCCCAUUGGUAUCUAAGCGGAACUUCUUCAUCCAUUUUUCAAUAGAGACACAGCUGGUAAUUGCUGUUCCAUAGUGUAGCAGCAGCAAACCACUUCAAAUAACCCGGGAAAAUAUCCUAUUCUUGCCCUCGGCGAGCCGGGCUAUACGCCUCGGCCAUGUGUACUACUAUAUAUAGCAGAAUGGGAGAGAAAGGGAGUGACACAGAUUGGAAUGUUGGAGAAGAAAAACUGGAUUGUAAAACAAAAUAUAUACAACAUGUGAACAUGCCACUGGAAAAUAAAAGUUGAAAACUGUA